AUCUAAAUUGAUUCCAAAUGCCAAUUCACAGAGAGAAACGUCAAGACUUUUUUCCGCCUUUAAAGGGGAAGCUACUAAAGCAGAGCGGGAACGCGUACACCACCAUAGCUCCAGCCCUUACUUGAGCGCCUCUUCCAGAAGGUCUUCGUUCGGCUUCGUUCAGAGCUUCGAUCGUUUGAGCUUGCAAUCAUGACUCCACCUAUUGAGACUACAGAAAAGAAGGUUUCCGACUCUCAUCACUCUUCACAUCCACCUCUUAAUGAAAGAAUUAUUUCAUCAAUGACCAGGAGAUCAGUUGCAGCACAUCCUUGGCAUGAUCUUGAGAUAGGACCUGGAGCCCCGACAGUGUUCAACUGUGUGGUUGAAAUUGCUAAGGGCAGUAAAGUGAAGUAUGAACUUGACAAAAAAACUGGACUGAUCAAGGUUGAUCGUGUACUUUACUCAUCAGUUGUGUACCCUCAUAACUAUGGAUUCAUCCCUCGUACUCUUUGUGAGGACAGUGACCCCCUGGAUGUCUUGAUUAUCAUGCAGGAACCGGUUCUUCCAGGAUGCUUUCUUAGGGCUAAAGCAAUCGGCCUCAUGCCCAUGAUUGAUCAGGGUGAAAAAGAUGACAAGAUAAUUGCUGUCUGUGCUGAUGAUCCCGAGUAUCGACACUACAAUGAUAUUAAGGAACUCCCUCCACAUCGCUUGGCUGAGAUCCACCGCUUCUUUGAAGACUACAAGAAAAAUGAGAACAAGGAAGUUGUAGUGAAUGAUUUUUUGCCAUCCACAGAGGCCUAUGAAGUAAUCCAGCAUUCCAUGAAUCUCUACGCAGACUACAUUGUGGAGAGCUUGAGGCGGUAGUUUGUGUGCCAAUCGCGCCACACAAUUUGGAUGGACUUUUGCGAUCAGUUGAAUAUUGUGGAGUUGCUGUAUUACAAGUCUUUUUCAUUUAUCUUACUGCAUUUGCACACAUUGGGUCUUCUACUGAUGCGUGCUUGUAGUACAUUUUCCGUCGAAUUGUUUCUUAUAUGGUUGAUGAUGGCGAAAAGAACUCUGCAUGUAAGGAGCUUAUAGCACUCAUGCUUAUAUUACAUGUUCUAAUGAAUUGUUAUAUUUUUCCUCCCUUA